UGGAGAUCUUAUAGUGCUAUGGAAAGGAGAAAUACGCGCCUUCAAGUUAUUUUAGAGCGACUUUUGCAUUGUGAUUAGUGGGAAAUGACAUUAUGGCCAAAGUUAAUAUAAGCAAUGUUGUCGUUUUAGAUAACCCUUCACCAUUUCAAAACCCUUUUCAGUUCGAGAUAACUUUUGAAUGUCUGGAGGAUUUACCUGAAGAUUUGGAAUGGAAAAUUAUCUAUGUUGGGGCAGCUGAGAGUGAAGAAUAUGAUCAGACAUUAGAUUCCGUUUUAGUUGGCCCAGUUCCAGCGGGAAAGCACAUGUUUGUUUUCCAAGCUGGGCCACCAAACACAGAGAAGAUCCCGGUAGAGGACGCAGUGGGGGUGACCGUCGUGUUACUAACGUGCUCGUACCGCAGCAAGGAAUUUAUACGUGUAGGGUACUAUGUCAACAAUGAAUAUUCUGACCCCGAGUUCAAAGAAAACCCACCAAAUUCACCACAGUAUGACAAGGUGGAACGAAAUAUCCUUGCUACAAAUCCUCGAGUGACAAGGUUUAAAAUAGAUUGGGAUGACACCCAAAGGACAGAUUCCGAAAAUGUGCCCCCUGUAAACAACACUGAAUCCGAGUCCAAUCAGAUGAAGGAGGCCAUACCCGCAGGCAGCAGUAAACCGCUCGCUUCUGUGUUCAGUACAGAAAGCAACAGCAACAUGGAGGUUAACUGAUACAAAGUCCAAAAAAGUCAUAGGUCAUCUCUAUCAUCGUGGCAGCACCCGCUGAAUUCAUUCAACCGCAGCAGCUACUUAUUUAUUCAUGACAAAAUGCUUUCAUGUCUUACAUUUAAGUUUCAUUACAGUUGUUGUAUAGUCUUUUGUUUUUUGGGGGAAAGUAUAACUUAAAUAGUUUAAGAAGGCAAGGGAUGUGUAGUGUUUGACUAGGGACUGGGAGAACUGUAUGUAAGCAGUAUUGUGUAGAUACUGAUACACCAUCAGAGAGAGGCUCAAGUUGAUAUGUGUUGUGAAUUUCUGAGAUAGGUCUUCGUAUUACUGUGGUAUUAAACUGUUUCAAAUAUAAUACUAUACUGAGUAGUUUUAUGUAGUCUAACAGCAUCCAUUAGACCAUUAUGGUAUGUAGAGAGAGAUUAUGUUGUUUGUGGUCCCCCCCUCCUCCAACUUUGUUAAUUUUUAAUUUUUUUUUUGGGGACAUCUUGUGCCAUUGGGAGGAUGCAACCCCAUAUUUUGGUAGGAAAAAGUAUACCUUUUAUGUGACAGCAGCAACCCCCCCCCCCCCCUUUUUUUUUCUGAAUUCACCCCAAAUAUGAAGUGCUAUGUUUAUGCACCCAGAAUUUUGGUCCAUCUCUUUGUCUUCAACUUUGACCUUGGUCACAACUUUAAAUGGAGACUGAUAAGGUUAAGGUCAAAUUUGCCAAACUUGAAUGUUGACCAAGCAUGGGUGGCAUUAUGAUUUCAUUAAACACAUUUAGUUUAAGACAACCAGUUCAGAAACUGAAUAGCUUGUUAUUUUUGAAAAGUCACACAAUUAGAAAAGGAACUUGUGCAGUAAUACAUGCAUGUAAUUGUAGUUACCCAUUGUAACAUUUAUUCAAACAUUACUGUCACCAUACCCAUCUAGCUGUCCAUGCACAGUGUAUUAAUUUGAGUGUUUUGAAUUUGGGACAUUUUGUGCUUUGUGUAACAAGUUCAGUCUGUAUAUACGUCAAAGAACCAUUCAUCAUGUAAACAUGAAUUUUUGAAACAUGUACCUAACUAUAAUGAAAAGCCCAUGCAAUAGUGUUUAAUUUUUUGUACUUCAGAAAUAAGUGUUCUGAUCUCAUGGUUGCUCAUAUUUUUUAUGCUGUUUCAGUGUGAGAAGUUUAUAUGUAAUAAACAUCUGUGAAUGAU